AUGAAUUUGCAAAAUAUUUUUGAUGAUAGUUUCUGGAAGAAUGGGCCAAGACCUGGCCAGUUUUACGAUUUGUCGUUCGAUCAAAAUCUUCCGAAGGAUCCAGUUAAACACACACUCUAUCCAUCAGUUACUGGUACAUCAGUUUUGGGUUUGAAAUUUGAUGGAGGUGUCAUCAUUGCGGCCGACACAUUAGGUUCCUAUGGCUCAAUGGCCCGUUACAGAACCGUUUCUAGAUUGUACAAAGUUAAUGAUACAACAGUUAUGGGAGCUGGCGGCGAUUAUGCAGACUUCCAAUUCAUAAAAUCUGUCAUUGAACAAAAAGUGAUUGAUGACAAAUGUCUUGCUGAUGGAUAUUCAUACACUCCAAAAGCUUUGUACAAUUGGCUGACAAGAGUCAUGUACAACAGAAGGUCAAAGUUUAAUCCAUUGUGGAACACAUUGGUUGUUGGAGGGAUGCAGGAUGGAAAACCAUUUGUGGGUUAUGUUGACAAAAUAGGAACAGCUUAUGAGGCUCCUUCGGUGGCUACUGGAUAUGGUGCUCACAUAGCUCAGCCUCUACUGAGAAGUGCAUUGGAGGUCAAGCCAAACAUGAGUGAGCAGGAUGCUAAACUGGUCAUUGACUACUGCAUGAAAGUUCUGUUUUAUAGGGAUGCUAGGGCCUGGAACAGGUAUGAAAUAGCCAUUGUAACUAAAGACAGAAAAUCGGUUAUUGAGGGUCCCAUCUCUUCCAACACCAACUGGGAGAUUGCUUCCCUGGUCCAGUCAGUAUUUUUUUAUAAAGCUAAUUCAGUAUACCAACUUCUUUUCAAUAUUUUAAAUAUUCCUCUAGUGAUAAAAACACAAAAAUAG